CUAUCUUCCAUUGCUCUCUCCUCUCGCCCUUUCCACAGUCCGUCUUCCUGAUCAUCACUCCGUAUCUCCCAGCCAUGAAGAGCUCUCCUUCUACCUACGGCAGCCGGCUCUUCAUAUUGACGGUUUUUUUCCUCCUCUUUCUCGCAUCAGCCUCUCGCCUCUCCAACCCAACGAUGCGGCCGGAAACCUUUUCAAGAAACCCUCGCAGCCACCGCCAUCACCAUUCUUGUGCUUCUAUUUCCCAUGAAAAGCCACGUUCUUUGUGCUUUCAAAUUCAAAGACUCCACCAAUAUCGAUCCCUCCCACCUCCGUCGCCCUCACAACAACUCCACGAGAUUGACCCAAGAUACGGUAUGGAGAAGAGACUAGUCCCCUCCGGACCUAACCCUCUUCACAACUGAUCAAACCCACAAAUUUUACCAGUGUCAAUACCGUCUUUUCCUUCCUAUAUAUGAUCAUUUAGCCAUUCUUCCCGGCCUAUAUAUAUAUAUAUAUAUAUUAUAUUUAGCGAACUUUCUUCUUAAUUUCUUCACCAUUUCUUUGCAUGAUCUUGGUAUCUUUUAUGAUGUGUGUUGCCCUUUCUCUUCUUUUUCCUGAAUACCUGCGAUGGUUCAGAAGGAACUUGAUGUCUAGCUACGAUUGCGACUGAGAAAAAGAGCCUUUGGUAGAGAUGGGUCAUCAUAUACCCCGGCCAAGUACUGUUUCUUAAUUGGUUUCACUUUGUUUUUCUACUGAUUGCAACUUGUAAGCGAUAUAUAUAUAUUGUUGCUAUUUCCAUUGUUGUUUUUGGGCUAGCUCUAAGUCUUCCUGAAGGGAGGAAAAAGCAGAAAACAAGCUUGGAAAUGGUCUACCUCUUUUGGUGCAAUUAUUUAGGCUGCAGUUUGGGGGAGGUGGAAUUUCAAGAGAAACCCAUGACUUGCAUUAAUUUGGAGCUAUUUUCUGAGGGCACAAUGGACUUUUCAAGUACGAUAUUAUCGGUCCCCAUUAAUUAUAUACCCAUGUAUACUCAUGUUCAAUCUAUGAAUAUGCCAAGGUUGAAAUUUUCCUGUUUCUUUCUCUUGUAUUUUAUCCUUUCUUGCAGACAUAUAUAUAUAUAUAUAUAUAGUUUUUUUUCCUUU